AUGUGGGUCGCGGAGCAGUUACAGGAGACGUUACAGGAAAACCGCAGCGAAAAGACCGUGGUGGGAACCGAGGCAGACCAUGCCUGCGGACCCCGGGGAAGGGGAAAUGGUGGCGAGGGUCACCUUCACCUUGGGUCUGGGGCACCACUCCCCGGCCUCAGCCAAGCGGGACACCAGCGAGCGGGAGGCGGGGGUGGUUCACUGGCUCCAGGCAAGGGCGACCCGGAGGCCGGGGGCGCGGAGUCUGUGGCGGGGAAGCCGCGAGGACACGGGAGCCCUGUUCCUAGACGCCCGGGAACAGGUGGCUGCUCACGUGGCGAACACGGGGACGGGAGGCCGGGGAGGCUGCGACAGCGCUUACCGCUGGGCACAGGGGCCCUCGGCUCCAGCGGGCACCCAAGUGGAGCCGCGCGCUCGGCCCGGGCGCUGCGGGCGGGGAGGGAGCAGGGGGCGGGGCCUCUGCGGCGGGCCCCUCCCCUCCGAACGCGGGACUGGCUCUGGGCUCCAAGGCCUCCCACCGGACCAGUGGGUCUCCUUCACCACUGCUUUGGACCUUGGACCUCGCCUUUCCUCCUGAUGGACCCCAAGUGCUCCUGCCCCACUGCUGCGCUGGCUCCUGCUCCUGCAAGGCCUGCAGAUGCCCCUCCUGCAAGAAGAGAAGAGUGCAGGGCCUCCUCUGGGAACUUCGGGGCUGAGCUGAGUCCUAGGGGGGACCCAGAGCUCAGCAGGCGGGAGCAGGACACUGACCGCACUUCCUGGCACCCCCCUCACCGGGAACUGAUUCUGAAUCACCUGGAAUCACCUCAGACAUGACUGAACAUCAAGCUCGCACUAGGGAACUGGGAAAUGGAGGCCCGGACGGUCCCAACCAAACAGACUCAGACUCAUCACUAGAUCUAGUUCUCCUUCCUCCUGAUUCAGGUUUCUGAAUCCUCUCAUGGACUGAAGCACCUUAGGGACAUGAGCUAGUGACCAUGUGUGGCUUCUCUGACCGGGUUCUGCCUUUUCCUGUAAGCAGCUCAGACCAUCCCUAUUCCCACUGGGAGGUGCUCUGUGAAGGUCACGGCCUCCACAUUGACCUGGAGAAUAUUCUUUCUUAAGUGAUGGCUCUGGGAGCUGGCUCUCUCUUGUCCCCAGAGGCCCUGGUCACUGUCUCUCUGAGGCCCUGUGCCCUGUCCUGGGCAAACAUGGGGCAGGAAAGCUUAACCUGGUAACCGACAGCAAUGAUGUCAGGACAGCGGACUCCAUGAAACUCAGGGUCUGGGCGUCAGGGCAGCUUGUGUCAGGCCUGCUGGUGGGAAGGGUGUUGCUGGGUAACGUGUGCUCUGACGUUACCUUGCCGUUGCCUCCCCAGGCUGCUGCUCCUGCAGACCCGUGGGCUGUGCCAAGUGUGCCAGGGCUAUGUCUGCAAAGGGACCUAGGACAAGUGCAGCUGCUGUGCCUGAUGUAGGGGAAACCCUGCCCCACGUGUCCACAGAGCAACCAGGGCAAACCUGCAGUUUAUUCUUUUUCAUACAACGUGACUCGAUGCCACAUUUCUGUUUCUAUGAAAUUCCUGAGUGGAAAUAAAAGUUGUUGACUUUAUUCUGGCCCUGUUUUCCUUUGUUUGUCUUGGACACAGAAACUUCAUGACCAUGAGGACUGGGGUGACGAACUGGAGUGGAAGCCCAGAGACCUGGGUUCUGGACCAGAUAGUAGCCCCCUCAUACCCCCAUUCAUUGUGGUCACCUCUCAUAUCUUCAGCUUCUCGGCUCAAAAUGAAAGCAUCGUCCAGAUGAUUAGGGCAUCAGACAAUGGCAGGAUUCAC